AUGCCUCCCACUGAUCUGACUAGCCCUUCAAUGAGACUUCUUUCGCAUUUUCAAUUCGAUCUCAAUAACUUAAUAGCUAGAGAUGCAAUCGACGAUGGAUUGCCUAAUCCUAGGGGAAAGAACCUUGCGAAUUUGGCGAUUGCCUUUGCUUGUCUAAGUUUCUUUUUUGUCAGCGCGAGGUUAGGGACGAGAGUGUUUAUGCAGAAGUUGGAGAUAGAUGAUUGGUUCAUUGUGCCGGCAUUGCUAAUGGCACUUGCCAUGGCAGUGACGUUCAACAUGGAAGCCAAAAAUGGUUUCGGUCUGCACACCUCGCAAGUAUCGAAAGAACAUAGGAUCGAGGCCCUCAAAGUUAGUCCAAUUUCUUUCCUCGUGUAUCCAUUCCCAUUCAAUCCAGCACCAGCUAAUAUGUUGAAGUGGUUCUUCGCUGCUCAACUUCUGUACAAAAUCGCUUCAUGUUUCACGAAAAUCAGUAUCUGUCUUUUUUACCUACGGAUAUUUCCCUCGAAGAAUUUCAGAAUCGCAACUUUUGUUACCAUUGGAAUAGUCAUUGUAUACAGCAUUGCAGCAGUCAGUGCCACCAUUUGGUCAUGCAAUCCCAUCGAGAGAUCAUGGAAUAAAGCCCUUCCUGGUUCAUGCAUACAGAUCGGAAACGUUUGGUAUAGCACAUCUGUAAUGGCAAUAGUAACCAAUUUGAUAAUUAUCGUUUUACCAAUUUAUCAAAUUCGACGACUUCAACUUCCGUUAAGUCAGAAGUUUGGAUUGGUGCUAAUGUUUAGUCUUGGAUUUUUUGUCAUUGCAUGCACAGUUGUUCGAAUGGCCACAGUUGGGCCAGCCAUCACUGCGACGGACACAAUGUAUUAUCAAGCGACGUCAAACUCAUGGACUUUCCUCGAAGUGAAUGUUUCCAUAAUCUGCGCUUCUUUACCAAUCUUAAAAGCUCCCAUAGUAAAGUUUUGUCCCUGGUUGAUGCGCAACAAAACGACAACGUCAGCAUAUGAUAUGAACUUCUCGAAAGAUAAUUAUGGAACCAAGAACGCACUUCCAAGUCAUGAUGGUAGUGUAAAGCACAGUAGGAUCAAGAGUGUCAAUGGAAAGACCACGACGGACACGCCUAGGGAUAGCGAUGAAGAGUUUAUCUUGGAGGAAAUGGGAAAGGGGGUGAGGAAAACGACAGAGUUCAAUGUUAGCUAUGAGGCGACGAGUAUUGAAAAUGUUGGUGGUAGGACGAGUAUCUUGAAGACUUGA